AUGGAACCUAACCGAAACCGACCACCGCUGCAAAUGCUACCCAUGGAAGAGCUUCCCUACGCACUGCUUUUGAGCGAUAUGCCACAGGGGACUGAGAACGUCGAUGACCUUGUCGUCCGGUCUGCUAUAUACGUCGCCAAAACCGCAGGCUCUACGGACGUGGAAGUAUCCAAGAAGGCCCUGUUAGCCUACGCUGGUAUUGGUGAAGCUCCAGCGCCGUCGUACAACGAGGCGUUUUCACCCCCCACCGUCGAGCAGCGCCGCGAAAUGUGUCACGCUUUCUUUCCAGAAUGGGAUGGGUCGGAACCCCAUGACCUGGGGCAGCUCGAUGCUGAGGAUCUCGGAUUUGACCAAGAAGGGUUCGAUCGUGCUGCCCGGCCAGCCGUGUUCCUGGGCAAGCCAAGAGUAUUUGGCAAUACUGCGGACGCUAGUGGGGAGUGCCUUUUUGCAGCGUUGUCUUUCUACCUCACUGGCGAACCUACCAACUACGUAAGCGUGCGAACGAGACUUGCAGACUAUAUUCGCGCGGAUCCGUAUUCCGUGCCCAAGCAUGCAAUGCUGAACGAUCUGCGUGGAGCCGGCGUUGCUCACUCGGCCGACGAGCAACUGUCGUCCUUAGCAAACAAGUACGCCGACCUCGUAGAAAAGCCGGCUCAUUGGGGGGGGGAUGAUCUCUUACCGGUGUUCGGGAAACUAGCACAAUGUAAUGUCUGGGUCUAUGUUCAAGCGCAAGACGGAACCGGUGGAAUGGGAAACCACAUCGAAUCGUGGCAGCUGUUCGGAGAAUUCAAACCAGGUCGCCCUUCGGUUUAUCUAUGCCACAGACCUUCCAAAAAUCACUGGAGUUCGGUGAUGGAAGUCCGGUCUUACUGA